AACACAGCUCCGGCAUUAGGACCAUGUGGAGAAACACCCACAGAAGUUCAGGUGGGCAGGAGUUCCUAAGUUUCAGCCUGUCGUAGUAAAGUUGCUGUUGUUCCAUCUCUUCUGUGUGUAAGGGGCUGAUGAAUUGGAUCAACCUUGCUUUUUAUCAGAAAUGGGGUUGUAUAUCUACACACUGGAAUGUAGACCACACAUAGGAGCUACAGUUUAAACCUUCAAAAUAUAGAAAACGAAAAUAAUUUAAUAUAUGAUUUUAAGGAUGUUUGUCCCAGAUGUGUCUUCCUCAGCUUUGAAUUGCACACUUGUCUUGGGAAUAACUUGUUUGACUGUCUUCAGCAACUUUGCCAAAAGUUCUUCCGACUUCUCAGGUUACCUGUCCAAAGUGUUGAGGAAUUACACAGGGCAUGCUUGUGAUGGGGAGUACAUCUCUGUGCGGUGCCCUCACCGGACUACCAUCAGCAUCCAGGCUUCCUUUUAUGGCAGGAGGAUGCCAAGCCAUCAAAUGUGCCCGCCCCGUUACCCACAUUCCAAUACUGAACUAUUCAAGGAAGACACAUCCUGUUCAAGCGUUACCUCACUUCAGAAAAUGCUGGAUGAGUGCCAGGACAGACGGAGCUGCCAGCUUCUUGUCAACAGCAGGCUCUUUGGGGUGGACCCCUGUCCCAGCACCAGUAAAUACCUCACUGUGUGGUACAAAUGCCGACCAAAUGAAUACAAGAGUAAAGUUGCAUGUGAAGACGACAAGUUGAAGCUGAGCUGCAAACAAAACAUGGUGAUAGUGAUCUACUCUGCCAUCUUUGGAAGGACACAGGAGGGUAGCUUGGAGUGUCCUUAUCAGAACACAGGGGUUCCAGCCAUAGAAUGCCAGUCAGGCACUGCCCUGCAGAUCAUGACAAGCCUGUGCCAUGGGAAGAGAAGCUGCAGUGUGUAUGCUAGAUCACAUGCAUUUGGGGACCCGUGUUUCCCGGGCGUUCGCAAGCACCUCAGUGUCAUUUACACCUGUGUGCCAAAGAAACUGUUGGAAGGAGCCAACCCCAAGCCGACAAAGUACCACAGUCUGAGCUACCCUCAGCCGCCCAGAUCACAUGACCCAAAUAUUAUAGGAGAUGGGGUGUUUCUUGAUGGCCCACCGAUUAUAGCAACGGAUACACUGCCAGAGAAAAAGAAGACAGGAAGGGUAUCUGGGUUCUACCCCAUGGAAGAGAAGUCCUCGCUGGUCCCUUUGUAUGAAAAGCCUAGACAGAUGAUGAACAGCAGCAUGGAGUCAAAGCCUAUCAGCACAGAGAUGGCAUUGCUAAGCAACAUUCUUGCUGCCUAUUCUUUUAUCCUGGAAAACCCUGAGCGAGCAGCCUUGUACUUUGUGUCCAGCAUCUGUAUUGGCCUCAUCUUGACACUGUGUGCUGUGGUGGUGCAGAUCUCCUGCAGGACAGACUGCAAAGCUGCCCCUGCCAAGAAGCCUCAGAAGAACGUGGUCAGUGACAGCGACAGUAGCGACAGCGACUGGGACACCACCUCGGAUCUGUCUGCACGGCGACACCGGCGCUUCGAGAGGACUUUGAACAUGAACGUUUUUACUUCAGCAGAGGAGCUGGAGCGAGCGCAGAGGCUUGAGGAGCGAGAACGGAUAAUCCGGGAGAUCUGGAUGAACGGACAACCGGAUAUCCCGGGCACCCGCAGUUUGAACCGUUAUUACUAGUGAUGGGAUUAGUGUUACUCUUAUAAUAGACCUGCUGCUUUGGGCUUGGGAGUAAUAGCAGUUUGCCAGGCCUUAACAAGUUUUUAGGGCAUUAAAUGGGGGACGCUAACUGGGAAGCUCCCAUCGACUCAGUGAGAAUAAGCUUUUCAGCAAGUGAAGCUGGAGAUUGAUAAUCACUGUUUAUUCAAAUAAAGUUCUAUAUGAGAACCAAUAGCUACUCACAGCACUGACAGUUUUGCCUCUGUUUAUUAACAAAGUCUGUGAGGUCUUAGGAAUAUCGGCCAUAAUUAUGAAACCAAUAAAUUAUGAAAAUGGCAAUAGCCACAGUACAAGCACUUUUGGGCUUGGAGAAAGUGUGGUGUUGAAUUGCUAUAACAAUAGAAGAGGAAGCUUUUUGCUCCCAGUGCACAGAUCUCUUUGAACCAGUGCCCAUGGCAUGAUGUAUAAAGGAUGUUUCAAGGACCCCCCACAUCCUAACAGACAGACAUUUGGGACACUCUAAUACUUUUACAAAAAUGUUGUAAAAUCAUCUCAGCCCUUAGACAUUAUAAAAUAUAUUUUAUUAUUUAACAGUUUUGUUGUUAUUUGUCGUGUAAUCCUUCUAUACAGUGGCAAAGCUUUAACUGACACCUCAGGGAUGAAAUCCUAGUAUUUUACUUGUACAUUUUGUAUUUUCUUUCUAUGAAGAUUAACGACUACAUUUCUUGAGAUGUGUCAGAAUUUUUUUCUUAAAAAAACUGUUAAAAACCUCAAAGAGGUUGACUAUCUUGGUGUUUUUCAGAAACUGCAUAAUGGUGUACCUUUAACUGCUAGUUAAGCUAUACAGUAGUUCUAGACAGACAUUAAAGCCCAGUUAUUUUCUACACAGUAAUCCCCUGGCAAGAUAAGGGUUGAGUCACAAGUGUGUGAAGUCAGGGCAUACAAAGCAGUUUGUAAAAGGAAUACAUGAUUAACGGCUGGUUUCACACACCCUGACUAACACUAGUCUUGCCUGUCUUACCUAAGGUAACAUUAUGUAAUCCAGGGUCUGUGAAACCAUCAAUACAUGUUUUUACAACCUUGAGUUGUGUUAAAAAAACUGCUUCAUCUUUUGAAAAAAAAAAUGAACCUCAUCCUGCAUUACUUUUGCUAGAAAAGAACAUUCAUAUCUGGAUGGACUCAACCAGAGUAAGUACAGUUUUUAUUGCAGUGGUGUUAAUAACCAGAAGAGCUGCACACUAGAUAGAUUGAAUAUAAUGAACAGCAUUAUUCUUUAUUUCUAUAUGGUGUAUUCUUACAAUUUUUUUUAAGUAUUAUUUUUUUUAGUGUUCUUCCAUCUCACUAGUACAAAUUGAAACAUUCCCUUAUGGGACUGUGUUGCCUUCAAAGUCUAGGUGAUAACUGAAACAUGUAAAUCAUGUUUCACACGAUGCCCAGUAUCUUAUGCAGUUUUGUCAUUUUCUCCAGAAGGCCUCUUUGUAUAUAAAUACAUACAUAUUUGUCAGUUAGAAAUGGUAU